CAGAGGCCACUUCAGUGGCUGCCAUCAUGUUCAAGCUGCUCUGCGCCCUCCUGCUCGUGGCUCAGGCCUACGGCUGCGGCCGCCCCACCUAUGUGCCCAACAUUUCCCGUGUGGUUGGGGGCGAAGAUGUCCGGCCCCACAGCUGGCCCUGGCAGGUCUCCCUCCAGUACGACAAGAAAGGAGUCUGGGCUCACACUUGCGGCGGGACCCUCAUUGACGCCAACUGGGUGCUGACGGCCGCUCACUGCAUCAGCUCCACGCGGACCUACCGGGUGGUGCUGGGCAAGCAGAACCUGAAAGCGGCCGAGGCCGGGGAGGUGGCCGUGGCGGUGGAGAAGGCCAUUGUGCACGAGAAGUGGAACUCCCUCUUCAUCAUCAACGACAUCGCCCUGUUGAAGCUGGCGGAGCCGGUCGAGUUCAGCGACACCAUCCAG